AUGGUUAUUGCAAUCGCGGGCAUGGGCCCGGUGGGAAAGACCAUUGUUGAGACCUUGCUGGAAACACCUCAGUAUCAGAAACAAAUCGUUGUUUUGACGCGUAAAUCUGGGUCUAGCAGUUUAUUGGACCAGGUCAAGCAGGUCCAGGUUGAUUACAACAACAUUCCUUCCCUUGCUGCCUCCCUCGAGGAACACAACAUAGACACGGUCAUCUGCACCAUCGGCAUGAUCUCUCCUGAAGCGAGUCAGUCUCAGGUGAACCUCAUCCAAGCCGCAGACAAGUCUGCUGUCACCAAGAGAUUCAUCCCCAGCGAAUAUUCCUUUGUCCAAUCUGAAGAAAUACUUCACAUUACCCCCGGAGUGCAAUUUUACAUUGACGCAACCAACGCCCUCAAAAAUUCCAAUUUGCAGUACACCCGCAUCUUCCCCGGUUAUUUCAUGGACUAUUGGGGGAUGCCGAACGUUCGUUCUCAUCUCAAGCCACUCGCCUAUGGUGUUGACAUUGCCAACUGCCGAGCAAUUAUCCCUGGUGAUGGCAAUAACGUAAUCACCAUGACUUAUUCGUAUGACAUGGCCAAAUUCAUCGCAAAGUUACUCGGCCGGGAUGAAUGGCCCGAGUUUGGUUAUAUGGGCGGAGAAGAUACUACUUUCAAUGAGUUGUUGAGCUUAGGAGAGGAGCUUCGUGGCGCCAAAUUUGAAGUAACAUAUGACCCCUUGGAGAAGAUAAAGAACAAUGAAUCCACGGCUCUUCCUCAAUCAAAGGAAGUCGUCUAUCCACCCGAGAUUAUCCAGUGGGUGGUCUCCUAUAUGAGUCAGGUUGCCGUCAUAGAUGGAUUCAAAAUGCCAAAGGAGAAUCGCCUUAACGACCUGUUCCCAGAUGUUCAGCCUGUCACUGCGAGGGAGUUCUUGACGAAAGCCUGGAAGUCUUGA